UAUAAGGGAGUUAGCGAUCUAGUAAUAUAUAAAGUCUGUGCUUGUGGCUCGGUUUCUGACUUUUAUUCUGUUUCUAAUGUUUUGUAAGCUUUAAUCCUUUUUAACGAUUUUCGGAUUUGGCGAUGAUGCAGCGAUACGAUAUUCUGAUUCAGGAAAUCGAGGGCAUCGACGAUUAUUUGGGCCCGACUUUUCGAGCAAUUUAUGAUGGACAUGAACAUCAAAAGUUUAUGGAAAAACUUGACGAUUGUAUUAAAACUCAUGACAAGGAUAUCGAAAGGAUGUGUAAUCAUCAUUAUCAGGGAUUUAUUGAUUCUAUUAGGGAACUCUUACAAGUUCGCUCUCAAGCCCAACAACUGAACGCAGAAAUAUUAGAGCUUGAUAAACACAUUACUGCUACAUCCACCAAAGUGAUUGAAAUGGGUGAAGAACUUGUAAAAGCUCGCAAGGUUGAGAACAAUAUGGCUGCUGCUGUAAACAGUCUCACUAUGUGCCUUCCUGUCUUAGCCGCAUAUGCUAAGUUGCAAAAGCAAUUAAAGGACAAACGUUUUUAUCCGGCAUUAAAAACACUGGAACAGUUAGAACAUCGUGAUUUGCCAAAAGUUACAAAUUAUAGAUUUUCUUUUCAAAUCACGCAACAAAUACCACGAUUGCGGGAAAAUAUAAAAGAUGCCUCUAUGUCUGAUUUACGAGAUUUUCUAGAAAAUAUUAGAAAAUAUUCGCCAAAAAUUGGUGAAGUUGCCAUGAGACAUACUGCUGAACAAUUAGCGACUGAAGCGGAAAUUAUUGGAAGGAAGAAAAGAAGGUCUCGUAUCAAUGAUCGAUUAAAUGAGGCUGAAGAGGAAUUGAGUGCUCGAGACUUGAUGGAUUUCAGUCCGGUAUAUCGAUGUAUGCACAUUUAUACCGUGCUUCGAGAGGAAGAAACUUUUAAAAUGUAUUAUAGACAACAGAGAAAACAACAAGCUAGACUAGUUUUACAACCACCUAUUAACAUGCAUGAGAGUACGAUCGGAUAUCAGACUUAUUUGCAAGGUAUUAUUGGUUUUUUUGUCAUAGAAGAUCACAUAUUGAAUACGGGUAAUGGACUAGCUACUCGCGCGUAUUUGGAUGAGCUUUGGGACAUGACAUUAUCCACGAUAGUCGAUGCUUUACGCACACAUUCGGCAUAUUGCACAGAUGCUACACUCAUAUUAAAAAUCAAGAAUCUCAUUAUGCUAUUCAAUACUACCUUAAGGAAUUAUGGCUAUUCCGUAGAACAACUUUGGGAUUUAUUACAAGAAAUUAGAGUGCAUUAUAACGAAGUGCUAAUGAAACACUGGGUUCAAGUUUUUAGGAAUAUUUUAGACGAAGAUAAUUUCUUGCCGAUUCAAGUCACAACGCAAGCGGAAUACGAUCAAAUUCUUAAUCUAUUUCCUUAUCAUGAUAAAAACUUGCAGGAAGCCGAGUUUCCCAAAAAAUUUCCAUUUUCGGACAUGGUACCAAAGGUCUAUCAGCAAGUGAAAGAAUUUAUUUAUGCUUGCUUAAAAUUUUCAGAGGAUUUGAAUUUUACCCAAACUGAAAUUGAUGAGAUGAUAUGCAAAUCGACGAAUCUUUUACUAACGAGAACUUUCAGCGGAUGUUUAUCGUCAUUGUUUCGCAAGCCUUCCUUAGCGCUUUUACAAGUAGUUCAAAUUAUAAUAAACACAGGAUAUCUCGAAAAAUCUACAAAAUAUUUGGAAGAAUUUGUUACUAAUAUUACUGGCACGUUACAUCAAGGGCAAUUGAGCUGUGUGGGCGUUGAAUCUGCCAUGUUUCGAGUCGCGCGAGAUGACGCCGAAAAACAGAUCUGCGAUAAAUUGAAAAACAAGUUGGAUGAAUUUUUAGAAUUGGAGAAUUAUGAUUGGAAUUUAGCGGAGCCUCAAGGACAUGCUUCGGGAUUCAUUACGGAUCUUAUAGCUUUCUUGCGGAGCACUUUAACAUGCUUCACUAAUUUACCAGACGAAGUAGCUCAAGUGGCAUGCAAAUCUGCGUGUUCUCACAUUGCUAAAGCCAUAUUAGAUAUAUUAAUCAGUGAAGAUGUGAAACAGAUAUCUAUGGGCGCGUUGCAACAAGUUAACUUAGAUACGAUACAAUGUGAACAAUUUGCUGCUUCCGAGCCAGUCAUUGGUCUACCAGAAGGAACUUUAUUGCAAUACUUUUUGCAAUUAAGACAAUUACUAGAUUUAUUUAUGAGCUGGGAUUGGCCUACCUAUUUUCAUGAUUAUGGUCAGGAUUCUAGUAAAUAUAAUUUAGUAACUCCAAAUAUGGCUGUGCUUCUACUAGAAAAAUUGAAAGAAUCUGAUAAAAAAACCAUGUUUUCUGUGUUGAAGAAAAGUGAAAGGGAUAAAAAGAAAUUGCUUGAAACUGUAUUAAAGCAGUUGCGGCAAUUGGCACAGACUACCCAACAGCAGUAAAAGUUGCAAUAUAUUUAAUGUAAUGUAUGUGUUCUAAGAAAAUGUGUAAAUAUAUAAUUUUUAUAAAUAA